AAGGAUUAAUGAAGAGUGUCCCAGGAGGGUGCAGCCGGGGAGUGGAAGUGUGACUCGGGGCUGCAUCAUCUCAUCCUGGGACUAUCCUCAGGGUCAAGGCGAGGAAGCAUCACCACAGCCACAGCUACAGUCACGGAAAAUGCCAGUGAUAAACGUGGAGGACCUGACCGAUAAAGACAAAGCAGUGAUGGAAGUGAACCAGCUGAAGACAGAGGUUAAGCUGGAGAGGUGGAAGACAUCUAAAUGCUGUGAGGAGAUGCGAGACUACAUCCAGGCCCUGGUUGACGAGGACACGCUCGUGAAGGGGAUCUCAGAGGAGAAGAACCCGUUCAAGGAGAAGGGAGGCUGCAUCAUCUGCUGA